AUGGAAGAUUUCUACAUCAACAGCACCUCACAGAACAACAGCUCUGAUUACAGCAACAUCACCUCUAACAAUGAUAAUUUUGAACAUGUUAUGUUCAUCAUGAAUGUGGUGGAAUACAUAAUCAUUGGUAUCGGCCUUCCUUUGACCCUCGUGGCCAUCUAUGCUCUUUAUUCUCUGGUGAGAAAUGACCAUGUUGCUCCGAUCUACGUCAUCAACCUUCUCAUCACCGACCUCAUUCAGCUCUGCUGCUUGAUUGUGAAGGUGGCAUCACUCAAGAAUUGGACGAUGGGAAAUGGAAUUGUAUAUUUAUUUCACCGUUUUGCUGUGGCAGCCAGUAUUUUCUUCAUGGUGUGUGUCGCCCUGGAAAGGUAUUUGGUCGUUGCCUGGCCACUGUGGUACCGCUUCAGACGAACCAUCAAGACCUCUGUGGUGGUCUGUGUCGCGGUCUGGAUCUUUGCUCUUGUCUUGUUCCUCACUUUCUAUUUCUGGUUUGAUAAAAAGGUGUAUCCAACUGUCUCUGCUGUUGUCCUUCUCCUUCCCUUCCCACUGCUCAUAUUCUUCCUGGGUGGGACCCUCAAAGCUCUGUCUGCCUGCCGUAUCCCCUCUGAUGAAAAACGAAGAAUUGUGGGAGUUUUGGUUCUGGUGCUGCUUAUUUACACACUGCUGUUCAUGCCCAGGUUGAUUUGGUUACUUUCAGACGAAGGAAGAAAUAACUUUAUCCUCCGCAGCCUGUCUGACAUGUUUGUUAAGUUGAGUCCUCUUGCAGACUUAUUCCUGUAUGUGUUCAUGAGGAAAGGGAUCAUAGACAAGCUUUUGGCCUCUGUGUGUUGUUGCAGAAUGGACAGCAAUGAUGUUGGCAAAUCAUCAGGAAAUGAUGACAGUAUUUACACAGUCAGCUCUGUGUAGGCAGAGAAAGAGGGAGAGAGAGAAAGGAGAGAAAACUGAAGGAGAAAUGUAGGCAAAUAGAAAGAAUAGAGACAAGACAGAUACUGUCAUCUACUGAUACGAUUUCCAAUCAGACACCUAACUGUAGAUAAAAGGAAGCAUUGCUUUGACUCUGGUUGCUGGGAAAUGUUUUGGUCAACUUUUGUUAGUUGUAAGUUGAUGUCUAUCAUUAUUAUCCUUUAAUCACAGAAGCAAACUGCAUAUUUUUUUUUAUUAACUGAGCUCAUUAUAUCUAUCAUUUUGUCUUAUUUCUGUUGUUGUUUAACAGGGACAACAUAUUAAGAAGCUUUUAGGAUGUGUGCUUUGUAAUGUGGAUAAAAUGUAAUUUUAUACAACACUCCUUUAUAUAACAUUU